ACCCAGCUUCCUCCUCCUUCAAGAGCGGAGCCUCGCAGCCUCGGGCGGUUUUGAGGAGUGAUGCCACUGAUGAAAGUGUGACAGUUUGGGAAAGAAGUGAAAAAGGAGUGUCUAGGCAGAGCAUUCCUGGGAGAGAUGUUAAACUGAGGUUCCUAAACACAUGGAAAUUUGGAAAUUGAACCAGGGUCACCCAUGUUUUGUGUUUGCUGACUCUGUGCUGGGAAAACAUGGUUUCUCUUGAUAUGCUGCCUGAAAUAAGAACUCUUGGCUCCUCAAAAGAAACCAGCUCUUCUGACAGAAGUUGAAAAGAGGACGAGUUGUUUUGAAAUGUAAAGUGCUUGGUCUGUGAUUUGAGAGAAGAGUGGUCCUGUGCUACAGCUGGAUUUCCUUGGCUGGGAAAGUGGAAAGGAAGAAUGUAUCACCUGUAGCUGAAGGCAGAAGAACAGAGGGAGUACAGACAUCUCAGGACUAAGACCAAGACAGAGAGACUCAAAACCAGUGAUUUGAGAGCCCCGCGACGCAGCCUGCUACAGGAACGGGGACUUCUCUGGAACACUGGCGUGCGCAGGGAUUAAUCCCGCCGUAGAGAGCCAGCCUGGCCUUUGAAGUGUUACAAGGGAAAGCAGGAGGAUCCUUGAGCUGUUGCAGAGGCAGCCAACUGCUCCAUAUUUGGCUUCUAUUACCCAUUUACAUACUGGAGAGCGGAGAGGGAGCGAGCGCUGUACCGCAGACAUCAUUUCUACUACAGUGGUGGAGACAUCCCGGACCUGUGUCACUGCAGGGGGAAGGAAAAAAGCCAAACAAACAAAAAGCAGACCCAAGCCCCGUGAUCAGCUAGGAAGACAUUUGUGUGCGAGUCUCUCUCUGACCCCCCACCCCCGCCAACCCCACCUCCACUGACACUUUACAUCACAUUACAGGCCAAGCCAGAUGGGCAAGCAAUACAAGCUGUGAAUUUAUUCUUGACCCCGUAGGACAGUGACCAUCAUCAUUUUUGUCUUCACCGUACAGUUAUGCACUGCCAAUAAGUGAAAAGGUCAAGAAAAGCAGUAGCUCAGUGGCUGAAUUUUUCUGAAGUGCUUUACAGCAGGGAAAGUGGGGAAACCUCUUAAAGUGGUGUCUUAUUCAAUCCUGGAGCACAGGGAAAGAGUUUUAAUGCAAAAUACCAGAAAAAAAAGUCUGCAACAUCUCCUGUGAGAGUGGGAAAAAAGGAGAUUAACAAUUGCAUCUUGAAACACUCAUGAUUUGAGGUAUCAAAAUUUCUGGAAACUGGGACAGAAGCAAGACUCCCUUCAGUUUUUUUUGGUGUGGCCAACUGUUUAACCCUGAGGUCAAACAAGUGACACACUAGCUGCACCUCUACAUAGCUUCCCUUGACUAUCUGGCAGCAACUUUGUGCCCUGCUUGCUCCAGGUUCCAGUGUCAUAAGGCUGUGCUCCUCUUUGGUGGGUGUGCCUGGGUUUCACCUGCCCAGCCUGCCCUGCUGCAUGGGCAGCCUUGCCCUGCACCACUGCUGAGGAGCUAAGAUGAAGACACACAUUGUGGUUUCCUGCUGUUUUGCUUUGUAACCAGUCCACUGGCCAUAUGUGUCCUUUGAACUCUGAAGAAGCUGUGCCAAAAGGAAGCCUUCUUCUCCUCCCCUCCUCCCAUCGUGGAGCCGCUCUUAGAUAAUUGCAAUUAGUAGACAAUGCAGAGCGAACGCAAAUGUGAAGUUCGUGGCUCUACCUUACUUUAUUUGAAAGAGGAAAGCCAGUGAGGACCUGUGAACAAUCCAGCAGCUUCUGAAAAAUCUUCAUGCUAAAGGAUAAUCCAGAAUUCCCUGAAGAAGAACAUAGUGAAUGUUAAUCCAGAGGAGCUGUCGGAGGAUCGUGCUCACAGGGAGAUGAUUCCUCAUGAAGUCACUGGAUCCCCUGCAGAAAUCAAAUGUGACUUUCCAUUUAUCAGACUGAAAUCAGAGCCAGCCAGACAGUGAAGCAAGCACAGUGGAGGGGGGACGGCGAAAGAUGAAAUCCAACCAAGAGCGGAGCAAUGAAUGCCUGCCACCUAAGAAGCGAGAAAUCCCUGCCACCAGCCUGCCUUCGGAGGUGAAGCCGGUCCUGCCAAACGAAAACCACCGUGCAGAUAACCUGGCAUGGCUCCCCAGCACACCCAGUGGCCAGGGCAGCCUGGGGGGCCGGCACCGGCCCGGGGGCACCUCCUCGGUGGAGGCAGGCUUGCAGCAGGGUUUGCACAAGUCACUGUCUGCAGGGCUGGACUAUUCCCCGCCGAGUGCGCCCAGGUCCGUUCCAGCCUCUACCACUCUUCCCACGGUGUACUCGCCCGCCCUCUCCCAGUCAGGGACCCCCGUUUCCCCCGUGCAGUACACUCACCUGCAGCACACCUUCCAGUUCGUCGGGCCCCAGUACAGUGGAUCGUACACCGGGUUCAUCCCCUCGCAGCUGAUUUCCCCAACAGCCAAUUCUGCGACUGGCGCCGUGGCGGCGGCCACAGCCGUUGCGACCACUCCAUCCCAGCGCUCCCAGCUGGAGGCGUAUUCCACUUUGCUGGCCAGCAUGAGCGGCUUAAGCCAGCAGGGGCACAAAGUUGAGCCGCACCUGGUCAGGACGCCUGGACUGAUUGCUGCUGGGUCUCCUCCACCCACCCAGCAGAACCAGUACGUCCACAUUUCCAGCUCUUCCCAGAGCACUGUCAGAAAUGUCUCUCCUCCAACCAUCCCCGUCCCCCUGCACCCACAUCAGACGGUGAUCCCGCACACCCUCACCCUCGGCCCUUCCUCCCAAGUGGUGGUGCAGUACACUGACUCGGGGGGCCACUUUGUCACCAGGGAUCCCCCCAAGAAACCCGAGAGCAGCCGGCUGCAGGCGAUGCAGGCCAAGGAGGUACUGAAUGGCGAGAUAGAGAAGAGCCGGAGGUACGGCAUUUCGCCUUCUGCCGACAUGGGUCUAGUCAAAGCAGGCAAUAAACCAGCUCCCCAUCAUUAUGAGACCAGGCACGUGGUGGUCCACUCGGGCCCCGCCGAGUACGGCGUGCGGGAUUCCUCAGGUGUCCGAGCCUCUGUCAUGGUGGUCCCCAACAGCAGCACGCCCACGGCAGACAUGGAGGUGCAGCAGGCCGCCAACCGUGAGACCUCUCCUUCAGCCCUCAACGACAAGGGAAGUUUGCACUUAGGAAAGCCGACCCACCGGUCCUAUGCCUUGUCUCCGCAGCAGGCUCUGGGCCACGAGGGAGUGAAGGCGGUGGCCACGCUGUCCCCUCACACCGUCAUUCAGACCACCCACAGCGCCUCCGAGCAGCUCCCUGUGGGGCUGCCGGCGACAGCUUUCUACACUGGGACCCAGCCGCCGGUGAUCGGCUACCUGAGCGGCCAGCAGCAAGCCAUCGGCUACCCCAGCAGCCUGCCGCAGCACCUGGUGAUCCCGGGCACCCAGUCCCUGCUGAUACCGGUCGGCAGCGCGGACGUCGAGCCGUCGGGAGUCACGCCUGCGAUCGUCACGUCGUCUCCUCAGUUUGCAGCAGUGCCUCACACGUUCGUCACCACCGCCGUCCCCAAGAGCGAGAACUUCAGCGCGGAGCCCCUCACCACCCAGCCUGCCUACCAGGCCACCAUGGUGCAGGCGCAGAUCCACCUGCCCGUGGUGCAGUCCAUUGCCUCCCCUGCCGCCGCGCCCCCCACGCUGCCCCCUUACUUCAUGAAGGGGUCGAUCAUCCAGCUGGCCAACGGGGAGCUGAAGAAAGUAGAGGACUUGAAAACAGAAGACUUCAUACAGAGCGCGGAAAUUAGCAACGACCUGAAAAUAGACUCCAGCACUGUGGAGAGGAUCGAAGACAGCCAUAGCCCAGGCAUCGCCAUCAUACAGUUUGCGGUGGGGGAGCAUCGAGCACAGGUCAGCGUGGAAGUCUUGGUAGAAUACCCUUUUUUUGUAUUUGGACAAGGCUGGUCAUCCUGCUGCCCUGAAAGAACCAGCCAGCUCUUUGAUUUGCCAUGCUCCAAACUCUCAGUGGGGGACGUCUGCAUAUCGCUCACACUCAAGAACCUGAAGAACGGCUCUAUUAAAAAGGGCCAGCCCAUGGACUCAGCUAGUAUCUUGCUGAAGCAUUCAAAGAAUGACAGUCUAGGUGGAAGUAGACACAGGUAUGCGGAGCAGGAAAAUGGGAUUAAUCAGGGAAGCGCACAGAUGUUAGCUGAGAACGGUGAACUGAAGUUUCCGGACAAAAUAGGAUUGCCUGCAGCACCUUUGCUCACCAAAACAGAACCCAGCAAGCCCCCAGCAACGAGGAAGAGGAGGUGGUCAGCCCCUGAAACACGAAAACUAGAGAAAUCAGAAGAGGAGCCACCUUUGACUCUUCCCAAGCCUUCUUUUAUUCCUCAGGAGGUUAAGAUUUGCAUUGAAGGUCGAUCCAACGUAGGAAAGUAAAAGUUGUUUGGGGAAAGGAAAUUAGGCUAUCCCUUGUCAUUUUUAUCCAGAUUACUGUACUGUAGACUAAAUAACCCAGUAUUUACAUGUUAUCAUCUUAUUUUAGGUUUAUGUUAUAACCUUGUUGUUAUAGUUGCAGCUGGUAUUAUGCAGGAGACUGGUGCAUAUGUUUUUCCACAAGUGUUUGUCAGUGACUAGGUUUAUCAAGAGCUACAGAAGGGGCAGUAUCUGCUUCACACACCCUUAGUGGAAAUGAAUGUGUUGUCAUGGCUCCUGUUUUCUAACACCUCGUGUAGGACAGGGUCCAGCUGUGAUUUUGUUUUCUUUUUGUCGUUGGGUUUUUUUUGGGGGGGGGGUUGAUUUUUUUUUCUGUGUUUGUUUUGUUGUUUUAGUUCCUGUUCUAGUUUUUUUGGGUGGAGGUGAGGAGAAGGGAACUGUAGCAGAGGUGUGUGUCAAACAUGGGGUGCGUGCUUGUUUG